UUUCUCGAGUCAAUAAAUAAUUUAUUUACCCCUUUUCUUUUCCUUUUGCCCAAGUUAAAAUAACAAUCACGUUGUCUUAAUACUAUCAUGUCCUACUGAGUACUCCAUCUACUCUUCUAACCGUAACGAUGGAUUAUGGGAGGCUCCGAGCUGCCGCCCUACGGGAUGGCGAGGAUGAAGAGGCCGUAACCGUCGACACUCGAGCUUUGAUCGACAAAGUUUUAGCCAGAUACUCUGGCGAGUGGACUACGUUGCGAGAGCUUAUUCAGAAUGCUGCUGACGCCCAAGCUACGACCGUGAAGAUCAAGUGGGAAACUCUUCCUUCGACACAAGUCCCUUUACCUUCUACAACCGACCGCUCCGAAAUCCUGAAGCAUAUAAUCGCAAACCAUACCCUAAAGCGACUUGUCGUGCAGAAUAAUGGCCAACCAUUUACGAAGACCGACUGGGGAAGAUUGAAAAGGAUUGCCGAGGGCAACCCUGACGAAACCAAGAUCGGGGCUUUUGGUGUAGGAUUUUAUAGCGUGUUUGCGGAUUGUGAGGAACCCUUUGUCAGCUCAGGUCAUGAAGCUAUGGCCUUCUACUGGAAAGGGAAUGCUCUUUUCACAAGGAAACUACAGGUUCCCGAGGAUCAACGCAGCUCAGAUACAGCCUUUGUUCUAGAUUACCGAAAUACGACGACAACAUUACCAAACCUGCUCUCUGUCAGCCAGUUCCUAGCCACAAGUUUAACGUUCGUAGCGCUCCAGAACAUUGAAUUCUGGAUCGAUGACUACAAAAUCCUCCAUCUGCAAAAGAAAACCAGCCCCAGCGUCGAUGUUGCGCUGUCGAAAGAUGUCGAAACUACAACCAAGGAACGUCUUAUGAAGGUGCAGAGUGUUGAGCGUGCGAGCGCACAGAUAGAUGCCUCAUUCAUGGCGGCCAUCGGAUGGAAACCCCAAGUGGCAACGGCGGCAAAAAGCGAAGCCUACGGGUUAGGUAGUUCGGAAAUGCCGUCUUUGCGCAGUUUCUUUUCUAGGCUCACCGCCAACUCUGCUUCGACGAAGGCUAGCAAGGCGGCAAAAGAAGAGAAGCUUGCCCAAGAGACCUUAUCCGAAGACAUAACCUUAGUAUCCUCAAGCAGCAUAUUUCUUAGGGUGACUACUGCUGCGAUAAAGACUUCAGUCCCUGCUAAUUUUUCAGCGGAGUUGGAGAGGGCUACCAAAAAGCCUCCCCCAAAGCUAGCUAAAUUGUCCAUCUUGACUUCUUCGUAUGACGAAACGCAGGCCUCACAAAGUUCUACAAGCUCCAAAGCAGUUUCUAAGGCCACGAAUGUAUUUGCCUCCGUGCUGCCGAGCAAAAAAGGCGGGCGGAUCUUCAUUGGGUUCCCAACUACCCAGACGACCGGUGCUGGUAUUCAUAUUUCAGCCCCUUCAGUCAUACCCACGGUAGAACGGGAGGCUAUUGAUUUAAAUGCAAGGUGGGUUAGGACAUGGAACAUCGAAAUGCUCCGAGCUGCUGGCAUCAUGACUCGGCUUGCUUUUUCGAAUGAGAUGGCCGAAUUACAAACCAAAUUGCAGCGGGCAGCGGAGUCUUCUAAGGCGGGCAUCACAUCCAAAGAGGUUGACAAGUAUAUGCCCGAAGCAUUACAUACCCUAAAAGCCUUUACAUUCGGAGAUUCUACGCCUAGUGGGCACGUUUCGCAGAUAAUCGAAGAAGCAUUCUGGACGUCAUACAAAAAACCCUUUGUAGAAGUCUACAGCAGCCGAGGAGUUCUUCCCACCAACAAAGUCCGACUUGGUUUGGAAGAGCUUGCCAACUUUGUUGAUGGGAUACCUGUAAUUCCACCCGAGCUUACCGCCACUGGCUUCAUCCAGAAGUUGAUCGAAUUCGAUUUGAUUUCUCCUAUAACUGUAGAUGAUGUCCGGGUAGAGCUGUCCGGAAAGCCACUCAACAAGGCCCAACUUAUCAGCUUUAUAGAUUGGGCCGGCAAGAAGGCUUCUCAGGGUGAACUUGACCUACCGAGUCGAGACAGGCUUCUUGAUGUGGCAGUAGGCCUUGUCACAGAGGGGGCUGAUGAGCAUGGUGGCAUUAUCGCCCUAGGAAACAUAAAAAACUAUAUAAGUCCAAACAAGAUACCAGCCGGUUUGCCCAUACCACCAACUACACUACCGUACGAGUUCACCAAGCACUGCAGCUCAACGCAGCUGCAGGCCCUGGGCUGGGAAUCCCUUGAGAUUGUCCCUUGGCUUCACUUCCUAAUUGGAACCUGUUCAACGAGGCCAGAUGAGCAAAACCUGACCAAGUCUCCUAAGUUUUCGAUACAAAUCCUUACUGUAUUGUCAAAAAGCUGGGACAAUCUCAGCCAGAGCUCUAAAGCAACUGUUACAUCAUUGCUGCAGAGUCAUACUGUUAUGCCUACCAAGUUAGGUAUGAAGAAGCCGACGGAAUCGUUUUUCCAGAGUGUAAAAUUGUUUGAUGAUCUCCCAACUAUUGAGGGAUGUUCUUCGCUAAAGGACAAAUUUCUCACUGCUAUCGGCGUCAGAAAAACCGUUGAUCUAGAUACGAUCUUCACACGGUUGCUCAAUCCUUCCACAGAGACAGAGGAUACUGGAAGAGCAAAAUGGAGUCACGUCGAACUCAUCAAAUAUUUGGCGUCUGUACGACAAGAUAUUCCGAACGACGAUUUGAGAAAACUCAAGGAGUCACGCAUAUGUCCGGCGGAAGCCGGUCCCUAUGGUCUAGAGUCGUCUAAAGCGAGUUCGCAACUGUACAAAGUUUCUGAACUCUACGAGCCUAAAGGGCCGCUUCGGCCGCUUGGUCUCAAGCUCAUUCAGUGGCCGGGUGGUAGCUUACGUCCUGGAAGUGCGGAAGGAAAAUUCUUGAUUGACCUUGGCUUGCGUCCAUACCCGCCAGCGUCCGUACUCGUCGAUAUGAUGGCCUCGCCCGAUUUGAAGCUGAGGGACAAUGCCAUGAACUAUUUUAUUUCCUAUCAUCAUAGUAAUCAUUACGCAUCCUCCAAUAUAGGAGCUGUGUCCAAAGCUUUCCUCCCGCUGCAGGGAAGUAAUAAGCAGCUUGCGAGCCCCUCUCAAUGCUUUACAAAUGAGGCGGCUGCCAUGUUGGGGUUUCACAUCUUGCGUAGUGAUCUCCAUCCCCACGCUCCUAAAUUCGGCGUCGUCGCGGACCCCCCUAUUUACGAAUGCGUCGAGAAGCUGCUAGCCAAACCUCCCCAAACCCACCAGGAGUCCGUUUCAUUGUUUGGCUAUUUCGCUACUCGCCUGAAUGAGCUCAACGGAAGCGCGAUCGUCAAACUUCGGGAAGCUCCGAUCGUGCCUGUAGUGCGUAAAAAGGAUCUGGCAGCCUCUCCCAUGGCGACAGAGAAAGGUGGUAAAGCAGGCAAUGUUGUCCAUUUGAGUCCUCGCCAGUGCUAUCUAGGUAGUUCAACGAUGUACGGAGAUAUUUUCGACUUUGUCGACUUCGGCAGCUCUGCGAAUGCUUUCCUAUCCGCAUGUGGUUCAAAAACCGAGCCGACCAAGCUAGAAAUUGCUCAGCUAGCAGCAGGUGAACCUGCCAGACUGCUUAGUGUCCUUCAAAGCUCGGAAAAGUACCUAAGUGUUUUGAGACUCUUAGCUGAAGACAUGGCAACUCUCAAAAGAGAUAAGGAACUCUGGCGGAAGAUGAGAUCUUCACCGUUUCUCCUAGCAUUUAAAGAGAUAAGCGCACCCGCAAAAGAAAAAGCAUUAGAAACCGAGGAAGACGAAGCGCCAAUCAGACAGUACCAACUUGCGAUCCCAGCCAGCAUUGUAAUUCUGGAUGAUUACAUUAGCUACCGCCUAUUUAAAGAUCACUUAAUUUGUGCGCCAGAAGAAGACAGCUUAGAGGCUUUCUAUAUUGCUCUUGGCUCUCAGACUCUCUCCACCAUUGUCCAAGAGGAUCUCAGGGUUGGACCGCAGAGUGAGAAGCAGGAGGGUGCGCUUUGGCUUCGGAAGCACGUGCUUGAACGCUCAAAGAUCUUCAUUCAUGAGUAUGCCAGGUACACGCGGGAUGCCAUCAAACAUGACGCGAGAUGGCUCGAGAAAAAUCUUACUGUAGAAGCUGUACGGUCAGUCUCGCUUCGCCGGUCACUUCGUGGCCAAAGUCAGUCGCACACUGAAAAGAGGUCAGCAGCGAGUUUGAAAGCUGCCAAUGGCUGGAUCCUUUACGUUGCAUCCGAAUCUUCUCGCCCUGAUAUGUAUCAAGUAGGGCAAGCAGUAUGCCAGCUUAUCCUGAACAGACCAAGUCAGCAAGCGUACUUUUUCUUCGAGCCGUUCCUGAAGCUUGAUUUACUAGAUCUGAGAGCUCGUGGAUACAACGUUGAUCGUAUCCUUAGAGCUAAGGCAGCCGAAGCUAGAAUUGCAGAGGAAGAAAGGCGCAAGGCGUUAGAUGCUGAGCAAGCCAAAAUUAGGGAACGAGAAGAGGAAUUUAGAAGACACGCCCAAGUUGCUACUACCGCAGCAGCCGCGAGGAACGGGAAUAGGACGCCGCCGCCACGCAUGCCAGGUGGAUUCGGGUCCCCCAAUGACAACGACGUACCGCCACCAACGGAUACACUCCAGCCACAGAAUAGGAAGAGCAAAGGCUUCUUCUCGAAUUUCUCCAAGAGAUUCGGUUUUGACACUUCUAGUGAGGAUGAUGACCUGAGGAACUUGAUGAACUCCGAUCCCGAGCCAGCGAAAUUACCGCCACCAGAGCCCUCAUCGGGGUCAAAGUCAGGCACGAAAGACGAUGGCAAGGUCACUAAUCCCGCUAUAAUACAACAGAACCUUCUCAAUGCCAUUAAGUCUACAAGAGCCCACGAUUCCUCCCAAGUUUAUUCACCACCAACAACUCGAGAGGUCAAGGAACAAGCCACGUAUUGCGAUGACACUAUAGGAAGGGAUCUCAAUUUCGUGGCAGAAGCAUCGAACGGAAUGCGGGUGUUUGUAUCUAGAACGAUACCUAAUCUUGAUCCUGCCCAGUUCCUUACGACAAACCACGGAUCUAUCAACUCGUUUGCUUCAAUACUGACCGAAGUGGGCGAUGUUUACUCGAUCAAGCGCUCCGCAUUGCACAUCUUCUACGACCAGGAGGGAGGUACGAUUGCUUUUAACCGUGAUGGUAGCAUCUUUUGCAAUCUACGCUUUUUUAUGCAACUACACGCAGAGAAUCUGUCAGGGGAAGGAAAAGCUGCGGCAGCUGUCUGGUGGUGGGUUGUCCUCGCCCAUGAGUUGGCCCACAACCUUGUUCAACUGCAUAACUCAGACCACAGUUACUACACUGAGUCAUUUAUUCAACAAUACUUUCCUAAGAUGAUGUACAAGACAACCGAACUAGCGAGAGCUGGAUCGGCCCUUCCAGCCAACGAGCGGUCGCUCCCCGCCGUCCCCGGACCUUCAACGGCGCCGCCCCCAUACCGAGAGUAGUAAGAAA